AAGCGCAGCGGAGCGAGGGGGGAGCGCCGAGCCCCGGGAUCGCCCUGCCCUGCGACCAGGGCGGAACGCAGCGCCCGCGGCGCGGUGGCAUCCCCCGGCUGCGGGCGUCGGUAGCGCCAGCCUGGCCGCUCCCCUGAGCUGAGCUGGCUCCAGUGAGCCAAGCUUCGUGCUCGGGCGGGUAGGUCAGUGGUGCAGGCGACAGAGGUGGCGAGGCCGCCCCGCAGGGAGAGGACCACCCCUAGCCCAGCGCUGCGAUGCCUCCCUGAAGUCCCUGUCGCCAGGACCGCUGCCAGGCUCCAGGCUUCGCUCCUGGCACAGACGGCAGCAUCCCCCUAGCAAAGCGAUAAUCUAUCACCACUUCUCCGGUGGACAAGUGGGCCGACUCCUUCGACGGCACUGUGUCUGUCGGGUGGUGCCACUUGUAGGAGGCUCCCUGUGCCUCUGUGUGUGUCACCCACUGCCCCAGGCAGGAGGCACCAGGGCUGUGCCCGCCGGCUGGAGCUGGCUUCGGCGGUGAAACGCUGCCGCCAUCCCGUGCCCGGUGGACUUGGAGGGAGCGCCGCUGGCCGGGCAAGGAGACCAGAGUCAAUCUACCCCGGUCCCUCGCUGCUUCCCAGCCGUGCUGCUCCCAGCUGCCUGCACUUAGGACCUGGAGGAAGCCCCGGCGCUGGCCCCUCAGGAUCAUGUGAUGGUGGUGUCCACGUCCCGCUUCGUCCUCCAUUCCGGGGCUGCCAAGCGCCCAGCGAGGAUGCGGCUGCUGGCUCUGGCCCUGCUGCUGGCGGCGGGGCUUCUGCACACGCAGGCCUCCCUCCCGGCACGCUCCUUCCAGCUGGAUUUCGAGGAGGACUGCUUCCUCAAGGAUGGUGUCCCGUUCCGCUACAUCUCGGGCAGCAUCCACUACGCCCGUGUCCCACGCCCUGCCUGGAGGGACAGGCUCCUCAAGAUGUACAUGAGUGGGCUCAGCGCCGUGCAGGUCUAUGUUCCCUGGAACUACCACGAGCCACUGCCGGGGGUUUAUGACUUUGCUGGAAACAGGGAUGUGGAGGCCUUCCUGGACCUGACAGCUGAGCUGGGGCUCCUGGUGAUUCUACGCCCAGGGCCCUACAUCUGUGCAGAGUGGGAGAUGGGUGGCCUGCCCUCCUGGCUGCUGUGGAAAUCAGACGUUGUCCUGCGCUCCUCUGACCCUGCCUACCUGGCAGCUGUGGACUCCUGGCUCCAUGUCCUGCUACCCAAGAUCAAGCCACGGCUGUACCAGUAUGGAGGGAACAUCAUCAGUGUACAGGUGGAGAACGAAUACGGGAGUUACUACGCCUGCGACUAUGAGUACCUGCGACACCUGCUGGCAUCCUUCCGGGCACUGCUGGGGAGCGAGGUGCUGCUCUUCACCACCGACGAGGCAGGGGCACAGGAGCUGCGCUGCGGCACGCUGCAGGGUCUCUAUGCCACCAUCGACUUCGGGCCAGGCUCUAAUGUGACAGAGGCAUUUGGUGCCCAGCGCCAGGUUGAGCCAGAGGGGCCCCUGGUGAACUCUGAGUACUACACGGGCUGGCUGGACUACUGGGGGGAGGCACAUGCCAGCACCAGCUCAGCGAGGGUGGCCCGGGGACUAGAGGACAUGCUGCAGCUGGGAGCCAAUGUCAACAUGUACAUGUUCCAUGGGGGGACAAACUUCGCCUACUGGAGUGGUGCUGACUUCAGGGGCCAGUACAAACCAGUGACCACCAGCUACGACUAUGAUGCCCCCCUCUCAGAGGCAGGAGACCCCACCGAGAAGCUGUUUGCUAUCCGUACAGUCAUCAGUAAGUUCCAGCCUCUGCCAGUUGGUCCAAUGCCACCUGCCACCACCAAAUACGCCUAUGGCUGGGUUGCCCUGCAGAAGUAUGCCAACCUCCUGGACGUCUUGGAUAUACUGUGUCCCUCUGGGCCCAUCCACAGCCAGUUCCCCCUCACCUUUGAGGCCAUAAAGCAGGUCCAUGGCUUUGUGGUGUACCACACACAGCUGCCCCAGGAUGUCCCAGACCCAGCAGUGCUGGGGGCUCCUCCUCACACCAUCUGUGACCGUGCCUAUGUGAUGCUGCAGAAGGAGUACCAGGGGACACUGGAGCGGGAUGGGCAGACAGCGCUGCGAGUGACCGGCAGGGCAGGGGACACCCUGGAUGUGCUCCUGGAGAACAUGGGCAGGAUCAGCUUUGGGGCCAACAUCAGUGACUUCAAGGGCUUGCUGGGGAACCUCUCCUUAGGCUCCAGCUAUCUCAGCAACUGGCUGAUCUACCCCCUGGCCAUAGACAUUGCUGUGCAGCAGGGCUGGCCCCAUGGUGCCCUGCCAAAAUCAAGCAGCAGGGGCAGAGCAGGGCCAGCCUUCUACACUGGGACCUUUGAGACCCCUGGCAUCGCCUGGGACACCUUUGUGAAAUUCCCAGGUUGGGGCAAGGUAAGAGCACUGUUAGCCAGAAGGGAUGAGGGUGAAGAGGGGCACAGCUCAGUGCUGUUUCAUCUUUCAGGGCCAGCUGUGGAUAAAUGGCUUCAACCUGGGCCGGUACUGGCCCCGACGUGGGCCACAGCAGACUCUCUUUGUGCCUGGCUCAGUGCUGCACGUUGGUCGCCCCAACAACAUCACGGUGCUGGAGCUGGAAGGGGCACCUCACACCCCUCUCUUGCUCUUCCUCGACCAGCCUGUUUUCAACAGGACACUCAGCCACAGCACCGUGGCCACAGAAUAAACUGAGCUGCUGGGCACCACGA